AUGAGCAGCAUGAAAAGAGGUAAUAGGACCACUGUAUCUGAAUUUCUGCUUCUGGGACUCCCUAUACCUCCAGAACAUCAGGGUUUGUUCUUCACCUUAUUCCUGGUUAUGUACCUGGCCACGGUGCUGGGGAACCUGCUCAUCAUCCUGCUCAUCCGGAUGGACUCUCGUCUCCACACACCCAUGUACUUCUUCCUCAGCCACUUGGCUCUUACUGACAUAUGCUACUCAUCUGUCACUGUGCCCAAAAUGUUGAUGGACAUGCAGAGCAUUCAUAAGUCCAUCCCCUAUGCAGGGUGCGUGUCACAGAUGUAUUUUUACAUAUGGUUUGCUUCUGUCGACAUCUUUCUUCUUACAUUGAUGGCCUAUGACAGGUAUGUGGCCAUUUGUCACCCACUUCACUAUGCCACUAUCAUGAGGCAAGAGAAAUGUGUCUCAUUAGUUUCUGCAUCCUGGAUCUACUGUUCUCUCCGCUCUCUGUUGCACAUCCUCCUCUUCAUUCGAGUUUCCUUUUGUGAUGACAUUACCAUCCCCCAUUUCUUCUGUGAAAUCCCAGUUCUCUUGAAGAUGAGCUGUUCAGAUGUCUCAGUUAAUGAAUGGCUUAUCUUCAUUGAGACUGGAAUAAUUGUUUUCCUGCCUUUUGCCACUAUUGUAGGCUCUUAUAUUUGGAUAUGGGCCUCUGUGCUGAAGGAUCCUUCUGUUAAGAGAUUCUUCAAAGUCCUUUCUACCUGUGGUUCCCAUCUCCUUGUGGUGUCUUUAUUCUAUGGUACAAUUGCAGAAGUGUACUUUUUCUCCUCACCAUCCAUCUCCAGUAAUAAAGACAUAGCUGCUUCUGUGAUGUAUAUGAUAGUCACCCCCAUGCUGAACCCUUUCAUCUACAGCCUGAGAAACAGAGACAUAAAACAGGCCCUAAAAUUAUUUGUUAACAGAAUGAAGUCUUCGUCAACAGUGAAUGAAUGUUGGAUCCUGCAUCCAGCCCUGGCUACCAACCCAUUGGCUGGUGUUGGAGCAGCUGAGCGAUUUCUGCUUCGGCCUGAAUUUUGCAGGCAGGGAACAGCCAAGAUGCCCCUGAUACCUGGGACCUUCUCUCAGGUGGCCCAAGCAGCUCAGUUCCUCCAGCCCCUGCCCGAGCUAUUCCCCAGGGUUAUGGCUAUAAAAGUAACAGAGUUUUCUCUCCAUUUCAUUCCCAGCGGAAACAUGAGCAGCAUGAAAAGAGGUAAUAGGACCACUGUGUCUGAAUUUAUGCUUCUGGGACUCCCUAUACCUCCAGAACAUCAGGGUUUGUUCUUCACCUUAUUCCUGGUUAUGUACCUGGCCACGGUGCUGGGGAACCUGCUCAUCAUCCUGCUCAUCCGGAUGGACUCUCGUCUCCACACCCCCAUGUACUUCUUCCUCAGCCACUUGGCUCUCACUGACAUAUGCUUCUCAUCUGUCAAUGUGCCCAAAAUGCUGAUGGACAUGCAGAGCAUUCACAAGUCCAUCCCCUAUGCAGGGUGUGUGUCACAGAUAUAUUUUUACAUAUGGUUUGGUUGUGUCGACAUCUUUCUUCUUACAUUGAUGGCCUAUGACAGGUAUGUGGCCAUUUGUCACCCACUUCACUAUGCCACUAUCAUGAGGCAAGAGAAAUGUGUCUCAUUAGUUUCUGCAUCCUGGAUCUACUGUUCUCUCCGCUCUCUGUUGCACACCCUCCUCUUGGUUCGAGUGUCCUUUUGUGAUGACAUUACCAUCCCCCACUUCUUCUGUGAACUCCCGGUUCUCUUGAAGAUGAGCUGUUCAGAUGUCUCAGUUAAUGAAUGGGUUAUCUUCAUUGAGACUGGAAUAAUUGUUUUUCUGCCUUUUGCCACUAUUGUGGGCUCUUAUAUUCGUAUAUGGGCCUCUGUGCUGAAGGAUCCUUCUGCUAAGAGAUUCUUCAAAGUCCUUUCUACCUGUGGUUCCCAUCUCCUCGUUGUGUCUUUAUUCUAUGGUACAGUUGCAGAAGUAUAUUUUUUCUCCUCACCAUCCAUCUCCAGUAAUAAAGACAUAGCUGCUUCUGUGAUGUAUAUGAUAGUCACCCCCAUGCUGAACCCUUUCAUCUACAGCCUGAGAAACAGAGAUAUAAAACAGGCCCUAAAAUUAUUUGUUAACAGAAUGAAGUCUUGUAGCUUCAAUAACUUAAUAUGA